AUGAGAGUGGACGUUUCGGAAACUAUCUGGAAGUGGAGGUGUAAGAUGACCGGUGCCGGGCAAGAUGAUGUGACAAAGUUUUCAGUUACGAAGUUAUCCUCCGAAAACACGGAGAUACAGGCCACCAACGAAAAGGAGUUCGAGCAGGGACUAGAUGCGGUUGUCAAGACUCUGUAUGAAGGCAAGAAUGGCAGGGAAGGUUUCUAUGACUGGCAGGACUAUCCACCACGGCAACAAAUGAGCAAAAAAGCUGCCAAAGAAAACGACCGCGUGGCCAUCGUCGUCUAUAAAGUCAAAGAUCUCUCAAAACCUGUGAUAUCCGGCCGCUUCAGCUUAAAAUACCACUCUAUUGGAAUCCAAAGUCCGGUUCUCAUCUCAGCUCUCAAGGAUAUCCUGAAAAAGGAGGAGAUUUAUCUUGAAGGUUCGGAAGUUGCGAAGUUCGAAGACCCAUUCACGCCUUUAUACUUUCGAUCGGAUGAGAUCACUGAGAUGUACAAAACUGCAGAGCCGGGAAGCGUUCUCAGAGCCCAUGCUGAGCUUUUGUUGAAGCUCAUGGGGGACAUGUUUAGUGAAACGAAGAUUCGAGUUAAACGAUUGCAAGAGAGUGGGCUCGUAUCAUGGGCACUUGCAUGGGCUUACUUUCCGAGGGGCUCAUAUUUGUAUAGUUGGGAUGCCAAUCGUGAAAUUCUAUUACAAGUCCUCGAUACUGUCUACAGAACUGAAGGAUUUAAGCGACAUCUCUUGAUCAGGUGCCGGGCUAUAGUUUUCGAUGGCCAGAACUUCACAUGGGAGGAAGAGCAUUUCAAGAUCCCUCAUUUCUCUGGAAAUAUGCCUGUCACCGACCUUCCUCAUUACCCGCUGCGAUUCUGCGAAAAUCCAGAGGCCGUCAUCUCCAGGUUGAAGGCUCGGGCCACGAAUGUGCUUGAUCUACAAGGUCUGCAUUACAAGUCUUACACUGAUGUUGCACUGGACUGUAUGGGGAGGAAACACAACGUCAAUGGCAGAAUCCUUAUCGAUGUCAGGGGAUAUCGCAAAUAUCAAUUGAAACUUGGGGCUGCAGAAUCGAAGGACCCUGAAUAUCAGAAGAAACUGGUGUUGCAAGCUGCCUCCAAACCCUUGGGAGACGUGAAUCUAAACGAUCCUGACUCUAGCCAAGGAACUCUCCUUGAAGAAAACAUUUCAUUGACUGUCAGAACUCAUCUAUCGAAGGAAGAGCAGCAGAGACACAAGGAGGGAAUGUUAAAAAUUGGAGAUGACCUGUCUCUCUUACAUCAUCGACUUCAAGGAUAUGCGCUGGAGAACAAAGAGUGGUUGAAUUUCUACGUUGACGAGCUCAAACACGUGGAAUGGAAUGAUGAAGCCUACGAUCAUUUGGUUUAUGAUAAGCAGCAGAAAGACCUCGUGCUGUCUUUUGUUCAGAAUCACCAUGCCACGCACCGUCAAGAUGAUGACGUUAUCGCAGGGAAAGGCCAAGGACUGAAUAUUCUUCUGAGCGGACCUCCUGGCACGGGCAAAACACUGACAGCUGAGGCUGUGGCGGAUAGAUGUCGCCGUCCACUAUUCUACCUCCAAGCUGAAGAUCUGGGGAUCCUAGCCGCAGAACUGGGGACAAAUAUCAAGAGAGUCUUUGAGAUGGCCAUUGAAUGGGAUGCGGUGAUAUUACUUGACGAAGCAGACGUCUUCAUGGCCGAACGCCAUCCUACCGACAUCGCCCGCAACGAACUCGUCUCCAUAUUUUUGCGCGAGCUUGAAUACUACAGGGGCAUUAUUUUCCUGACUACCAACUUGUACGAGACCAUCGACACCGCCUUCCGAUCCCGUCUGAAUUUGCAUCUAUUAUUCAACCCCCUUACACCAGAGACCCGUCUCUCCGUCUGGCGAAAGUUCCUGGAGAGAAUGCCUCCAAUGGCCCCCCGAGCUGGCGACGACGAAGGACAAGUCCCAAAUGGCGAGCCAAGAAGUGCCAUGAAGGAAAUUACGGAGGAGGAUCUGAACGAGUUGGCUAUGUGGCAGCUGAACGGAAGAGAGAUUAAGAAUGCGGCAAAGAUGGCUAAGUCGUGGUGUGACUAUAAGGGAUAUGAUAUGACGUUGUCGAGGAUUGAGAGCGGGAUCAAAGUCACAGCUCCCCACAGUUUAAAGAGAGAUCAUACGACACCAAGAGAAUUGUAUGAUUAA